GAAACAUUCAGUCACUGUUCACAAAUCAUGUACAUGAAAAAUAUGGAAUCUGGUGGAUAUAGAACAUUUUAAACAAAAUUUUGAUUUCGUUUUAACGUUUCGUUUCUUGUAAGAAUGUGACCUCAUUCAAAAUUACUGAUUAACUUAAUUAAUUGUUUUGAAACAUUGCUAAUACCGACAACUUACUACAAAUUAAACGCCUCUGAAUUGGAUGGUUUUUGUGAGAAUUCGCUUUAUUUUCGUAUGCCAAACAGUGACGUUGAUAAUUGGCAAAAAACUAUUCGAAUGAAACGAUUUUCAUAGUCGUGUUUGAAUGAUGGACACGAAUUUAUUGAGAAUAGAGAAAGUAGAAAAAGAAAAAACAUGGUCACAAAUUCUCGCAAUUUUGAUUGGUACCAUAGCGGGUCUAUGUGACGGUCUUUCAUUCGCUUGGGCUUCUCCAUUUCUCAUAAAAAUCACUCAAGAUAAAGAAAACUACGAUAUAACAGAAGAUCAAGCAUCGUACUUCAACGUGAUACAACCCAUUUCCAUGAUCAUUUCCUGUCCAAUUUUUUCUAUACUUACAGAUACUAUUGGAAGGAAACGAACUUUACUUUUAAUAGUGUUACCGCACUUUGGAAGUUGGUUGUGUGCUUGUUUAGCAAAAAGUGUUUACGUUUUUUAUAUCGGUAGAGCUUUGGCUGGACUUGCGGACGGUUGUUUAUUCGCUUCUCUACCGAUUUACGUUGGAGAAAUAGCUAGUCCUGUAGUUAGAGGUACUUGGGGAAACGCAGUAUCAUUCUCAAUAUACUCAGGAGAAUUUUUAAUUAACUUAAUAGGAAGUUAUACAGACGUAAAGACGACAUCAUAUAUUUGUCUACCAAUAUCUAUUCUAUUUUUAAUUACAUUCUAUUUUAUGCCAGAAUCACCUUAUUAUUAUAUAAAGAAAGGUGAAGAAGAAAAAGCGAAAGACACGUUGAGGUUUUUGAAGCGAAUCGACAAUAUAGAUAACGAUUAUAUGCGAUUAAAAGUUGAUGUGGAGAGACAGUUAUCAGAAUCUGCGUCUUGGAAAGAUAUGAUUAAUAUAAAGAGCAAUAGAAGAGCUCUAAUUGCUGGGAUAUUCAUACGUUUCACACAACAAUCCGCUGGAUUUAACGUAUUUUAUGUGUACACUCAAUUCAUUUUUCAAAAAGGCGGUGGUAAUAUCAGCCACGAACAAGCUUCAAUAUUAUUUUUAGGUUUAUCGUUGUUAUUAAAUAUAAUAGCUUUAACUUUUAUAGUAAAACGUUUCGGUAGAAGAUUAUGCUAUAUGAGUUCUUUAGUAGGUACCGGAUUAUUACUUUAUAUAAUGGGGACUUUUUACUAUUUAGAUGGUAGAAAAGAUAUUGAUCUAACAAAUUUUAGAUGGAUGCCUAUAGGUACUAUGAUAGGGUAUCAAAUAUUUUCGUCAUUUGGUAUAGCGUCAAUUCCGACUUUGAUGCUUGGUGAAUUAUUUUCAGCUAGCAUUAAAGCUAAGGCUAUGGCUCUGUUAUCAGUUACUUUCGGAUUAGGAGCUUUUUUUAAUAAUUAUAUUUUUUAUGCUCUCAAUAGCGCUAUCGGGUUUUAUUCUCCAUUUUAUUUUUUCGCCAUUUGUAAUACGAUAGGUGUAGUAAUGUCUUAUUAUAUUAUACCUGAAACAAAAGGUAAAACUCUUGAAGAGAUUCAACAAGCUUUAAAAAAAGGAAGCGUCUACAACUGAAAGCAAUUUUUGUAUGAGUUUUUGUAAUUUGUAUUUUAAUUUUUACUAUUGUUUCAAGCAGAUAAUUGAACAAAAUCAAUUCUGUGGUUGGUUAAUUUAAUAUUUUAUGUAAGCUUUGUACUGUACUUCAAUAAUUGAAAACUCUCUUGAAUAGAUUCAACAAGCUUUAAAAAAAGGAAGCGUCUACAACUGAAAACAAUUUUUGUAUGAGUUUUUGUAAUUUGUAUUUUAAUUUUUUACUAUUGUUUCAAGCAGAUAAUUGAACAAAAUCGAUUCUGUGGUUGGUUAAUUUAAUAUUUUAUGUAAGUUUUGUACUAUACUUCAAUAAUUAAAAACUCUCUUGAAUAGAUUCAACAAGCUUUAAAAAAAGGAAGCGUCUACAACUGAAAGCAAUUUUUGUAUGAGUUUUUGUAAUUUGUAUUUUAAUUUUUACUAUUGUUUCAAGCAGAUAAUUGAACAAAAUCAAUUCUGUGGUUGGUUAAUUUAAUAUUUUAUGUAAGCUUUGUACUGUACUUCAAUAAUUGAAAACUCUCUUGAAUAGAUUCAACAAGCUUUAAAAAAAGGAAGCGUCUACAACUGAAAACAAUUUUUGUAUGAGUUUUUGUAAUUUGUAUUUUAAUUUUUUACUAUUGUUUCAAGCAGAUAAUUGAACAAAAUCGAUUCUGUGGUUGGUUAAUUUAAUAUUUUAUGUAAGUUUUGUACUAUACUUCAAUAAUUAAAAACUCUCUUGAAUAGAUUCAACAAGCUUUAAAAAAAGGAAGCGUCUACAACUGAAAGCAAUUUUUGUAUGAGUUUUUGUAAUUUGUAUUUUAAUUUUUACUAUUGUUUCAAGCAGAUAAUUGAACAAAAUCAAUUCUGUGGUUGGUUAAUUUAAUAUUUUAUGUAAGCUUUGUACUAUACUUCAAUAAUUAAAAACUCUCUUGAAUAGAUUCAACAAGCUUUAAAAAAAGGAAGCGUCUACAACUGAAAGCAAUUUUUGUAUGAGUUUUUGUAAUUUGUAUUUUAAUUUUUACUAUUGUUUCAAGCAGAUAAUUGAACAAAAUCAAUUCUGUGGUUGGUUAAUUUAAUAUUUUAUGUAAGCUUUGUACUGUACUUCAAUAAUUGAAAACUCUCUUGAAUAGAUUCAACAAGCUUUAAAAAAAGGAAGCGUCUACAACUGAAAGCAAUUUUUGUAUGAGUUUUUGUAAUUUGUAUUUUAAUUUUUUACUAUUGUUUCAAGCAGAUAAUUGAACAAAAUCAAUUCUGUGGUUGGUUAAUUUAAUAUUUUAUGUAAGCUUUGUACUAUACUUCAAUAAUUAAAAACUCUCUUGAAUAGAUUUAACAAGCUUUAAAAAAAGGAAGCGUCUACAACUGAAAACAAUUUUUCGAUGAGUUUUUGUAAUUUGUAUUUUAAUUUUUUACUAUUGUUUCAAGCAGAUAAUUGAACAAAAUCGAUUCUGUGGUUGGUUAAUUUAAUAUUUUAUGUAAGUUUUGUACUAUACUUCAAUAAUUAAAAACUCUCUUGAAUAGAUUCAACAAGCUUUAAAAAAAGGAAGCGUCUACAACUGAAAGCAAUUUUUGUAUGAGUUUUUGUAAUUUGUAUUUUAAUUUUUUACUAUUGUUUCAAGCAGAUAAUUGAACAAAAUCGAUUCUGUAGUUAGUUAAUUUAAUAUUUUAUGUAAGCUUUGUACUAUACUUCAAUAAUUAAAAACUCUCUUGAAUAGAUUUAACAAGCUUUAAAAAAAGGAAGCGUCUACAACUGAAAACAAUUUUUCGAUGAGUUUUUGUAAUUUGUAUUUUAAUUUUUUACUAUUGUUUCAAGCAGAUAAUUGAACAAAAUCGAUUCUGUAGUUAGUUAAUUUAAUAUUUUAUGUAAGUUUUGUACUAUACUUCAAUAAUUGAAAACUCUCUUGAAUAGAUUCAACAAGCUUUAAAAAAAGGAAGCGUCUACAACUGAAAACAAUUUUUCGAUGAGUUUUUGUAAUUUGUAUUUUAAUUUUUUACUAUUGUUUCAAGCAGAUAAUUGAACAAAAUCGAUUCUGUGGUUGGUUAAUUUAAUAUUUUAUGUAAGUUUUGUACUAUACUUCAAUAAUUAAAAACUCUCUUGAAUAGAUUCAACAAGCUUUAAAAAAAGGAAGCGUCUACAACUGAAAGCAAUUUUUGUAUGAGUUUUUGUAAUUUGUAUUUUAAUUUUUUACUAUUGUUUCAAGCAGAUAAUUGAACAAAAUCGAUUCUGUGGUUGGUUAAUUUAAUAUUUUAUGUAAGUUUUGUACUAUACUUCAAUAAUUAAAAACUCUCUUGAAUAGAUUCAACAAGCUUUAAAAAAAGGAAGCGUCUACAACUGAAAACAAUUUUUCGAUGAGUUUUUGUAAUUUGUAUUUUACUUUUUACUAUUGUUUCAAGCAGAUAAUUGAACAAAAUCAAUUCUGUGGUUGGUUAAUUUAAUAUUUUAUGUAAGCUUUGUACUGUACUUCAAUAAUUGAAAACUCUCUUGAAUAGAUUUAACAAGCUUUAAAAAAAGGAAGCGUCUACAACUGAAAACAAUUUUUCGAUGAGUUUUUGUAAUUUGUAUUUUACUUUUUACUAUUGUUUCAAGCAGAUAGUUGAACAAAAUCAAUUCUGUAGUUUUAGUUAAUAUUUUAUGUAAGUUUUGUACUAUACUUCAAUAAUUAAAAACUCUCUUGAAUAGAUUCAACAAGCUUUAAAAAAAGGAAGCGUCUACAACUGAAAACAAUUUUUGUAUGAGUUUUUGUAGUUUGUAUUUUAUUUUUUUACUAUUGUUUCAAGCAGAUAGUUGAACAAAAUCAAUUCUGUAGUUUUAGUUAAUAUUUUAUGUAAGUUUUAUACCAUACUUAAAUAAUUAAACUCGUAAUAUACCACCGUUGUUUAAUGA